UGCGAGAAAACGGCCGGCCGUCCGCGGCGAAUCUAACGGCCAGCGGCGACGCUGUAUCCACCAGCACGGCGAAACCGCCGCGUCGUCCGCACGCGCGACAGUCUCUCGUCGGCCGCCGCUCUCCCUCGAUUCGCGCCGGCGGCGAUAACUUCCGCUUACGAGCGCGCGGGAUGGCGUCCGCGCUUUGCUCUCCCCGCCACCACCACCGCUCAUAUCUCUGCCGCCGCCUCCGCCCCGCCCCUCCUAGCCAAGCCCGUCCCCGGAGCGGCCCAUCAGGAUUGGACACCACAAGGUUCCUUCGUUCCCGCCCGAUGUCCACCGGUAGGGGCUGUCCCGCAUCGCGUUCGUCCAUGGAAGCAUCCGACAGCAACCAAGGACCAGAACAUCUCGUUGUUCUGAUUCAUGGUAUCAUGGCAAGGUCAUGGAAAGCUGAAGAACACAUACACUUCAUUCAGGGCUCCUUUGAUUCAAGCUGAAGAACACAUACACUUCAUGGCUCCUUUGAUGCAAAGGUUUUCUUAGGAACUUUGGAGGAUUAGAAUCCUUAGGAAUUUGUCCUAUGUUGGUUAUUUGAUUCAUAGGAUUGAAUCUCAUAGGAAUUUUUCCUAAUGAUUUCUUUGUACUAUUUCCCAUAGGAUUUCUAGCAUCCACUCAACCUCUUUAAAAGAAUUCUUUGUUUUUCCUAUGAUGCAAUCAAACAAACCCAAAAUCCUGUAGGACUGAGAUGGGCAUGUCAUGCCAAUCCUAUGUUUUUCCUAUUCCCACGUUUUUAGAAUCCUACGAAUCAAAGAGGCCCCAAACCAUUUUAAAAGAAUCCUUUGUCUUUCCUAUGAUGCAAUCAAACAAACCAAAAUCAUGUAGGAUUGAGACGGGCAUGUCAUCAUAUGCUAUGUUUUUGCUAUUCCCACGGUUUUAGAAUCCUACGAAUCAAGGAGGCCCUUAACUUAUGUUUGCUAUCAUUAGAGCUGACAUAUCUGUACGUUUUUUCAAGGGCUCGAGGCAACUUAUGUUUCACGUUGAAUGCAUUGAAAUAAUCAGCAAGUUGUGAAAAGCUGACGAACAAAUACAGUUCACUUAAUUUAUGUUGGCUAUGGUUACAGCUGAACUAAGUUGCAUCGAAACUUCUACCAAGUGGCAUUACCAUUUCAGACUUGUUUUUGGAAACUACAAACCGAACAUUUGUUAGGGCUGAGAUGCAUCCAAUGACAUUUGGUUGAGGUGUUGGCUUCGUUUUUAGGAUAAAACAUGUUUUUGAAGAUAUAGUACUGUGCAACAACAGCAGCAUGUAGAAAUAAAUUGGCAUGCUAGCAAUAUUUUCACCCAAAAGAUAACAGAAUUAUGAUUUCCAGAAAAUGAGUCAAACGAAUAAUGAUUACUGAGAAUCUGCGGCUAGUAGUACUUCUGACAGCACCAUAUGAA